CGCUUCUCCGUUGGUGCGUAAUAGCAGCGAGGAGGAAGGAGGCGGCUUUCAAACGGCUCCUCUUCACACGUUCAUUUCAACAAGCGGGGGGGGACUUUGUUGCGAGGUGCGCGUCUUUCUUCAGGAAUGGAGCAUUUUAACGGCUUGAACUGACGGUUUCAGAGCUUCAGAUAAUCGGAAGGGUCGGUUUGUGUGGUUUCUUCAGCAGAUUCGUAGGUUUGGACGGAUUUCGCCCCCUGGUGAAAAGGCAGAAAGACACCUUUGGUCCGAGGUUUCCCAGGCGAACCCGAUUCUGACGGACAACAAAGUGGAUCUGUAAAGGGUCUGUCCUGUUCAAACAAAGGGCAGCUCGUUCAGUCAUGACCACGAGAAAAGCCAGCAGUGUGACGGACACGGUGACGACCUCCACCCCCACCAGCCAGCAGCACCAGACCCAGCCGAGCGGCCGGAGUCCCAGCAGCUACAGCAGCGGGGUCCGGGCGUCCGAGGCGACGGCCGGAGGUCCGGAGAUGUUCGGGGAAUUUCAGGACUGGUGCCUGCGGACGUACGGGGACUCCGGCAAGACCAAGACCGUGACCCGGCGUAAAUACAACAAAAUCCUCCAGACCCUCCUCCAGGGGGACGAGGAGAACAGCAACGGGGUGUUCCUGCACGAGAAAAGCAGCAACCACAUCAACGCCAAGUUUAAAUUCUGGGUCAAGUCCAAGGGCUUCCAGGUCGGGACGCUGCAGGACGCCAAGAACGGGUCCUCGGACAGACCGGUGCUCUACGUCCCCAUCAAGGCGACGUGUGUGGACAGCGUAUCAGGAGUGGACUCGUCCCUGAAGCGCGUGGCGGUGGUCGAGGAUUUCUUCGACAUCAUCUACGCCAUGCACGUGGAGAUCGGCGCCGACCCCGGCAAAGCCCCCAAACACGCCGGCCAGAAGAAGACCUACAAAGCUAUAGCGGAGACGUACGCCUUCCUGCCCAGAGAGGCGGUGACUCGUUUCCUGAUGAGCUGUGGAGAGUGUCAGAAGAGGAUGCACAUCAGCACCGCGGGACAGGACUGCAAAGAGAACGACAGGCCGAGCUCUCUGGUGUUGGAGGUCAUAGACUACAACAUGCCUCUCACCACCACCUACAUGAAACAGAUGAAGCUGCAGUGCAUGAACAACAACAAGGAUGACAGUUCACUGAGCAGCGAGGAGGAGGCAGAGAUGAGCGAGCCCACGUGGCUAGCAGCCGAUCUGGGAGCAGCGUCUGACCUGAGCCCGCCGAGCCGAGGAGAGAGGAUGCGCCACAGUCCCCAGAACACGCACAUCAAGGAGGACGACGAGGACUCAUCAUCAGAGAGCGGCAGCGGGAACGGCCUGCCUGCCCUGACCCCGCCCUCCUCCGCCGUAACCGACGCUGCCAUAGUCAGGGAAACCGAGGUCGUCAAUGGCAACGGUGGCCCCGCCCCGCUGGACUUCAGCACGCCCACUUCCUCCUCCUCGUCGUCCGAGGACCAGCAGCCGAUGAACCUGAGCGACCCGCCCCCUCAGCGGCUGCCCCUGUCCGCCUCACACCUGCCCGUCACCGUGUCCGCAGCGGCCGCCGCGCUGCUCGGUGCUCUGCAUCCAAACGCGCCCGAGGAGCUCCGCAGGAAGUACCCGCUGGCUGCCAAACCGCCCCUGGCCCCGCAACCUCACCUGCCCCACACACACACGCUCCACACACACAAUGCACAUGUUCCCAACACACACUCCCAGUCCCACACACACAGCGCAGAGCUGCGACUGGACCGAGACGGCAGGGAGUACGGGGGCAAGUCCCCUCAGUACAGUUCUGGUGGCAGCUACGACAGCGUGAAGAUGGACUUGAGUGCCGAGGACCUGACCAUGGGUCGUCACGGCAGCCAGGUCGCCCCCGACGAUGACGACGACGACCACGACGACCACGACGACAACGACAAGAUCAACGACACGGAGGGAGUGGAUCCCGAGAGGCUAAAGGCUUUCAAUAUGUUUGUGCGCCUGUUUGUGGAUGAGAACUUGGACCGGAUGGUUCCCAUCUCCAAACAGCCCAAGGAGAAGAUCCAGGCCAUCAUCGAGUCCUGCAGCAGACAGUUCCCAGAAUUCCAGGAACGCGCCCGAAAGCGCAUCCGCACCUACCUCAAGUCCUGCCGACGCAUGAAGAAGAACGGCAUGGAGACUCGUCCUACUCCACCUCACCUCACCUCAGCCAUGGCUGAGAACAUUCUGGCUGCCGCCUGCGAGAGCGAAUCCCGCAACGCCGCAAAGAGGAUGCGCCUCGAAGCCUAUCACGAUGAGCAGAUCUGUGUGGACAAGCCGUCCAGCGGCGGAGGAGGUCUGAGGGAGCCGCCGUCCCUCGCUCACUCCGCCUACUCCCUGGCCGCAUCAGCCUUCUCCUCCCAGGACACCCAGCUCUACAUCAACGGAGCCGGACUCAGCUACGGUUACCGUGGAUACCCGGGCCUGGGCGCUGCCAUGCAACACCCCGUUUCCCUGACGACCGGCGCUGCUGCACAGAGCAACGGCCCCACAGACCUCAGCAUGAAAUCCCUCUCCUCUGCCAACAUCAGUAACUCCUCCUCCUCUGCCUCCACCAACAACAGCCUGGGCGGGCGGGGCAGCGGGGGUGCAGGAGGGGGCGGGGCGUCGACCCAGCUCAGCCAACCGGAGAUCACGGCCGUGCGUCAGCUGAUCGCCGGCUACCGGGAGUCGGCCGCCUUCCUGCUUCGCUCUGCAGACGAGCUGGAGAACCUCAUCCUGCAGCAGAACUGAUGUGGGGGGGAUGUGGGAGCGCACACACACACACACACACACACACACACACACACACCUCAUUCCGUUUGUUUUGUGUCCGUCUGCACCUCCCUGUCUCUCCUGAUCGACCUCCUCUUGUUUCUGACUCCCCUCCUGUAAUCUGGGCUCGCUGGUUUCUCCUCAUCUGCCUUCUCCUCCGAAACUGUGGCCCGUUUUUGUUUUUGGAGAAAAGGUAACCUACCCCAAAACACCCCCCCCCUCCCAUACUGCCUGAGGAGGGGGGAAGGAGGAGCAUUGGAACUGUGGAGGAACUCCUCCUCUCCUCUCUGGAAGCACCUCACAAUCAGCACUGCACUCUGAGCAGAGGAGUGUGGAGGAGAGGAGGAGGAGGAGUGAAGAAGACUGUGAGGUGUGGUUUAAAGGAGAAGACUCCGCCUCCUCGGGGGUGGAGACGCGACGUCUCCGUGGAGCUUCAGCGCCGUGUUUUGAUGAUGAGAGUUAAGACUCCCUCGCUCGGCCCUGCUGACGCUGGCUGUUCGACCAGCGCUUCUCAUUUGAUUCGUUU